AUGUCUGAAAACGGUCCUCCCCCGACGGGUGCCCAGCUGCCACCCCCUCCUCAGACCACUGCUGGUGCGCCGGGCUACGAAAACGGCCAUAAUGGAGGGAACCCGGCCCACAUGCCCCCGCCGCCUCUCGCUCCGGUCAUCAUCCCGCAGAACACGAAUCCAAUCCCAACUGCAAUCACCUCGCCGCUGGGAGAGAAUGGAAAUGUGAUGUCUCCAGAUAGCGCAGGCGGCUUUGUUCGUCGCGCAGCUCCUGAGCCGAACAAGCGUGCGUUGUAUGUUGGAGGCCUGGAUCCGAGAGUUACGGAAGAGGUGCUCCGCCAGAUUUUCGAAACUACUGGCCAUGUUCAAAACGUUAAAAUCAUUCCUGACAAGAAUUCGAAGGGAUUCAAUUACGGUUUCGUUGAAUACGACGAUCCAGGAGCAGCAGAACGAGCCAUGCAGACUUUGAACGGAAGACGUGUCCACCAAGCGGAAAUCCGCGUCAACUGGGCCUACCAAUCCAAUACAUCGAACAAGGAAGACACAUCCAACCACUUCCAUAUCUUUGUCGGCGAUCUUUCGAACGAAGUCAACGAUGAAGUUCUUCUUCAGGCUUUCUCAGCUUUCGGCUCCGUUUCUGAAGCUCGCGUUAUGUGGGAUAUGAAGACGGGACGAUCUAGAGGAUACGGUUUCGUCGCCUUCCGCGAACGUCAGGAUGCCGAGAAGGCGCUGAGCUCAAUGGACGGAGAGUGGCUGGGAUCUCGGGCCAUUCGCUGCAACUGGGCAAAUCAAAAGGGUCAGCCAUCGAUUUCCCAGCAACAAGCCAUGUCGGCAAUGGGCAUGACUCCAACUACUCCUUUCGGUCACCACCACUUCCCAACCCACGGAGUCCAGAGCUAUGAUAUGAUUGUUCAGCAGACCCCUGCGUGGCAAACUACUUGCUACGUUGGCAACUUAACUCCCUACACUACCCAAAAUGACCUUGUGCCACUUUUCCAGAACUUCGGAUAUGUUGUUGAGACUCGCUUCCAAGCUGACCGAGGAUUUGCGUUCGUCAAGAUGGAUACCCAUGAGAAUGCCGCCAUGGCAAUCUGUCAGUUGAGCGGCUACAACGUCAAUGGCCGUCCCCUCAAGUGCAGCUGGGGUAAAGACAAAGCGCCUACUAUUCCUGGUUUCGAUGGAUCUCAACAAGGCUAUAGUCCGCAGGGCGGUCCAACUCCUGGAGGUUAUCCAGGAACGCCGUCAGCUUAUUUCCCUCAAUAUGGUGGUAUGCCUCAACAACAAGGACCUCAAUCAGCCGGGCCAAUGGCUAAUCAGCAGUCUCCAGGCCAGUUCCCUGGUCAACAAGGUGGCUAUGGUGCUCCACCAGCUCAAUCUCCCGCUCAAUACCAGAACCCACAGAUGGGCUAUGGAGGUCCUGCCAGCGCUGGUGGUUAUGGCCGCGGUGCUCAGCAAACUCCAAACGCUCAGUGGAGCGCGCCCGCAGCCCAAAGCUUUGGGAAUGGAUUUGGUGGGUACCAGGGAUAA